AUGUCGGAUCCGCCCGUACCGUCAGGAGGGCCAAAAUUUAGAAUCGUAGCUGGUCGAGGACUAGGAGAGCGACCAUCACCGGGAACUUCCGUUUCUGGGCACUCUCCGCUUCCUCAGGAAGUCAAACCGAACCCUAUGAUGUCCCAAGUAUCUGUGCAUAUGCAACAUCCUCAACAUCAACAACCGAUGCAGUCUCAACCUCAAAUGGUUAUGCAAGGAGCGCCUCCCUCUUCGAUUGCUCCCGGAGGUGGGAUGCAAGUUCAAAUGGGUCAGUCACAGAAUCCACAAUCGAGUGCACAGCAACCAAUUCCGACCAGUGAUAGCCAAGGGAUGGUAACUAAAUGUGUCCGUUUCUUCAAGACGCUCAUACAGUUGUCGCAGCAGCCUGAACAACAGCAACCGUCCCAGAAUCCACAGCAAACAGCACAUCUAGUCAAGGAGCUUGUUAGCACGCUUGUUUUUGGACAAAUGCCGGCAGAGGAAUUUACCACUAGGUUGCAAAGUGCCUUAAAAUCACAAGCACAGCCUCAUCUCCUCCCAUUUCUGCAUAAAACUUUGCCAUAUCUUCGCGCUGCAAUGAGAAGCGGAGAGGUUACAAUCGAGGGUGUUGUGCCUCCACCAGGCAUGAUGGUGCCUCCUGCCCCACAGAUUGAAGCAGCUUCACCUCAACAGCAGGUGCAUAUGCAGAUGCAGCCACAGCAACAUAUGAUGACAGCGCAGCAACAACCAACGUCACAACAAGCACCACAACACCUUCACCCACAGUCCAUUCAGGUACAAGUAGUACAACAGCAACAGCAACAGCAGGGACACUAUCAAAUGCACGAACAGCAACAACAACAAAUGGAACAACAACAAAUGCAAAUGCACUCUCAUUCCCAGCAAAUGGGAAUGCAACAGGCACAGCAAGUUGUACUUCCACAUUCUCAGCACCAACAAAUGCCAAUGGUUCAACAAAUUCAAAUGGGACACCAACAACCUUCACAACAAAUGGUCUCUGAACGUCAGCCUACGCCACAGAUGAUGUACGCUCCAACUUCUGGAGCUGUCAGUGUGGUUCCUAUUCAGGAUCAUAAUGAACAGGCGGCCGCAAUGGAUAGGACGGAUUCAGCAGCUGCUGGUGAACCCAUGGAUGAAUCUUCUACUCAGCAUGCGGAGGAGGAAAUGAUCCAAGUACGCCAAUUGCAAGAAGGUGCUCUAGAAAGUGCACUUUUACGUCCACCCGAUAUUAUGAGCCGAAUUACGCAAUGUAUGAAUGAAAUGUGUUAUGUGGAUGAGGAGGUUUUGGUGCUGAUCUCUGAUGCAGCUGAAUGUCGUCUACGCGAAAUUAUAGGAGAGCUUGCUAUUCUCGCUGAACAUCGUAUGGAACCUAUGAGGUUAAAUCCAAAUUAUGGUCCAAUUGAUGAUACGCGACGUCAGCUACGUUUCUUAGAGGAUAUUGACAGACAACAAGAGGAACAGAGAGAAAAUAGAGAGAAAGAAGCAUUAAUUCGCAUGAGCAAAAGCAAAGGUAUCGCGAAGGACACCAUUGAACGGGCAAAGGAAAUGCAACGCGCUGACGCUGAAGCAAAGCGAAACCGAGAUGCAAAUGCGGCGGCUAUAGCUGCGCUUAGCAGUGGUAGCAAGGUUUCCCGGCCGAAGUGGGAUCAGGGUGGUAGCAGUGGUGUCUCAGGAACUGUACAUAGACCACGCACGGUGCGCGUUAACCUUCGCGAUCUUCACAUCCUUGUCAAUAAAGACAGUAGAUUCCGCAGGUCUCAUCUUGUGCAUAAGCUUGCUCUUAGCGGUCCUCCGAGUGAAUCACUUUAA